AUGGACGCCAUCACCUCAUACCUGCCGGCCGGCGCACAACAAACCCUGGCGACCCUCGAAGCCACGGUGACCAGCUACCUGAGGCAAAUAUUCGACAAUCUCCCAUCGUCGGUGCAAACGCAUCUCCUCAACGUCGCCGCAUCACCACACCUCUCGCGCACCAACCUGCAGUACAUCCUGCGGCUGAUCGUGAUCAUAUCGACCUACAUCCUCUUCCGACCCCAUCUGGAAGCACUACUACGCAAGGCGACGGGGGCGCCGGAUCCCCGCGCGACGGAGCUGGAGAACCGGCUGCGCUUCCUCCAAGAUCUGAAGGACGGGAAGAUCCAGCCACAGGGCGGUGUUGAGGUCGUGGAUGGGAAGGUUGUGCUGAAACCGAGGGCACCUGCCGGUGCGGGUGUGAUGAAGACACUAGAAAAGAGUGGAGCAAGCAAGAAAAAGGGGACCGGGAAGGGCAAGGUCGUCAAGCUGGUGGUUCCGGGAGACGAGGACCAAGGGCCGCAGCAACAGCAGCAAAGGGGCGACAAGAAUGUGGCGGACGCGAGUCCUAAGCAGAGUCCGGUGAGCACGGCGACGCCGAAUACGAGGGCGUCAACCAGGCGGCGGAAGGCAUGA